AUGAAUGAGGGACACAGGCCUUCUGGGCUGAAAGAGGAGGUGUCCAAUCAACCCUGCCACACCGCUUCCAAAUUCCAGGAGAGCUCUUGUGACAGCCAGUACUUUUCCAAUGAGUCGAAGGGAUCUGAUGAAGAACAGCAUCGUACUAGACUUGCGGCAGGAAAUCUUCCCAAGCAAUAUGGGAUUUCCAGUAACACAUGCAAGGGAAGCUAUGAUGCUGCUAGGGUCACUGGGGGUGAGCCAUGUAAUGAUGGCCCAGAAGACGAGGGUGUGGAAUCAAAGGUCCAACCUAGGUUAGAAAAAGAAGGCGGGCAAGAUGUCUGUAACAGAUGUAGUGAUGGCUCGGGUCUUGGUGGAAAGUGUGGAUCCUGUCCAGAACUUCACUCAGGCGAGGCUGAGCAAAGUACCGAGCUGCCCUCCGGCGCAGAGUGUAAACCAACAUGUGGCAUCGACGACAGCAAUCGUGCACAUGCCGAUGCCAAUGGAGACCUAGUUGGGGAGAAUGAGGAGCAGUUUCAUCUAAGUGAAGAUGAUAGUCAAGCGCUGUCUUCCGACUCGAAUGGCGGUGGUGGCAAGCGAGACUGGGACGGAGACGCCAAUCAAGGUUUUCGUCCGGGUUUGGAAGGAGACCCAAGCCUCCCUGUGAAAAUGGAAGACCUCAAUCCAGAGGUGGAUGAAGAUUCCAGUGGGGAGAUGGAUGAAGAAACGGACGUCAAUGAAGACUCCGAGUCAGAGAUGGAUAGGGACGAUGCUGGCCUCCAGGUAGAAGGCAGUGGUGGUGACCGAGAGUUAGAGGAGGGUGCUGUCCCUCCGGAGGCCAGCCUCGACUCUUCCCAUGCUACCCCCUCCUCCAUUUUACCACCAGUGCCUGACAAACCCUACAGAUGCCCUGAAUGUGGGAAGUGCUUUGGCACCAGCUCUAUCCUGGGCCAGCACUGCCGCAUCCAUAGUGGCGAGAAGCCUUAUAGGUGCAGCGUCUGUGGGAAGUGCUUCAGCCGGGGCUCCACCUUCCUUCAGCACCAGCGGACGCACACGGGUGAGAAACCCUACAAGUGCCCCGAUUGCGGCAGGCGCUUCAGCCGGAGUUCCAACCUCAUCCAGCACCAGCGAGUCCACACGGGCGAGAAGCCCUACAAGUGUGGCAUCUGUGGGAAGUCUUUCUCUCUCAGCUCUACCCUCAUCCAGCAUCAGAUUAUCCACACGGGCGAAAAACCGUACAAGUGCCCUGACUGUGGCAAAUGCUUCAACCGCAACUCCAACUUGCUGAACCAUCGGCGAGUGCACACGGGGGAGCGCCCCUUCGCCUGCCGUAUCUGCGGCAAGCGGUUUUCUGAAAGCUCCUCCCUCACCCAGCACCUGAGGACGCACACCGGGGAACGCCCUUUCCGGUGCAACGAUUGUGGCAAAAUGUUCUCCCUGAGCUCCACUUUGAUCCAGCACCAGGUCACGCACACCGGGGAGAAACCUUACGAGUGCCUGGACUGCGGCAAGGCCUUUGGGCUCAGCUCUACCCUGUUGCGCCACCAGCGGGUCCACACUGGGGAGAAGCCGUUCGAGUGCCAGGACUGCGGCAAAACCUUCAGCGUCAGCUCCCAUUUCUUGCAGCACAGGAGAGUCCACACAGGUGAGCGUCCCUUCCAGUGUCUGGACUGCAGCCGUGCAUUCAGCCAAUGGGCACAUCUGGUGCUGCAUCAGAAGGCGCAUCAGAACGGGACGGGAUCCCAGCUUCACCGUAAGACCCUCUAUAUUUGCAGCAAUUGCGGCAAGAGGUUCCAGCAGAGCUCACACUUGGCGCAACAUCAGAGAGUCCAUUCUGGGAAAAGGCCAUACCGCUGUGAGGACUGCGGACACGGAUUCUCCCAGAGUUCCAAGCUGCUGGAACACCAAAGGGUCCACACGGGCGAGAGACCGUACCCCUGUCAGGACUGCGGGCGCUGCUUCGGACAUAGUUCGGCGCUUGCACAGCAUCGGCGCAUUCACUCCGGAGAGAGGCCUUAUAAAUGCCCUCAUUGCGGCAAGUCCUUCUGCCAGAGUUCGGCUCUCGUGCAGCACCAGCGCAUCCACACUGGGGAACUGCCAUACAACUGCCAGGAGUGCGGCCAGCGUUUCCGCUACCUCCUGCAGUACACGCGGCAUCAAAAGAUGCACGUUAAGGAAUGGGCCUCAACAGCUGCCGUAGAAGGGGCGGCCAUCUUGGUGAUGAAGAACAAGAUGGCGCCAUCAGCAGGGGAUGAGACUCUGGGAGAAACUUUAAUUGUGAAGGAGGCAUCACUGGUGGACCAUGGGGAAUGGAUGGCCGGGGCUGGAGGUGGGGACGAUCGUGUGCCUCUUCCGAAGCGGUUGCGGGAGGAGGAUCCGUGCGACGCGGACCGAACCCCCUCGCUGAAAAGAUACCUGGGAACCAGAGAGGACUUUGUGUCCGUACUUGAAUCUUUCGGAAUCUCUGCUUGUCGGGGCUGUAAGCGGCGCAUGCAGGAGUUGCGUCCUGGGACACCAGAAAGCCUGAACGGAGAAGUUAUGCAGGAGGACUCAGAAGCCGAUGCUCCCCUGGGUGAUGGAAUGGAGGGCGAGCCCUUGGAAGAAGAGGUGGGGGCGUUAUGUCCUGAGACCCACAGCCGCAUUGACGAGGAGGACCCGGCGACACCCCCACCCCCAGCGGCACCUCCGCCUCGUGGAAAGGGCGACCGCCCUUACGCCUGCGGUGAAUGCGGCAAGGCGUUCAGCCAGUGGUCCAAGCUGGUGCGCCAUCAGCGUAUCCACACCGGCGAGCGCCCGAACACGUGCACCGACUGCGGCAAGUCCUUCACGCAGAGCUCCCACCUGGUCCAGCACCGGCGGACGCACACGGGCGAGAAACCCUACGUCUGCGGCGACUGCGGCAAGGCCUUCUCGUGGAGCUCGAACCUGGCCCAGCACCAGCGGACCCACACGGGCGAGAAGCCGUACGUCUGCCGGGAGUGCGGCAAGGCCUUCUCCCAGAGCACCAACCUCAUCAAACACCAGCGCAGCCACACAGGCGAGAAACCCUACCGCUGCCCGGAGUGCCCCAAAAGCUUCUACCGGUCCUCGGACCUCAUCCAACACCAGAUCACGCACACUGGCGAGCGUCCCUUCAAAUGUGACGAGUGCGGGAAGGGGUUCACCCAGAGUGCCAACCUGGUCAAGCACCGCAAGAUCCACGCCGGGGAGAAGCCCUUCCGCUGCAACGACUGCGGCAAGACCUUCAUCCAGAGCUCGGAGCUGAUCCAGCACCAGCGCACGCACUCGGGGGAGAAACCCUAUCAGUGCCAAGAAUGUGGCAAACGCUUCGGACACGGCGCCACCUUGGUCAAACACCAGCGGCUUCACAUGGGGGUCGAGCCCUACCGGUGCGCCGAUUGCGGCAAGACCUUUGGGCUCAGCUCGGCACUGGAGCGCCACCGGCGGUGCCACAGCGAGAGCCGCCCUUACGCCUGCGGCGAAUGCGGCCAGAGCUUCUCCUUGGCCUCCAACCUGACCCUGCACUCCCGGAUCCACCGAGGCGAGAAGCCCUACCGCUGUGCCGAUUGCGGCAAGUGCUUCGGCAUGAGCUCCACCCUCAUCCGCCACCAGCGCAUCCACACGGGCGAGAAGCCCUAUGCCUGCCCCGACUGCGGGAAGGCCUUUGUCCGUAGCUCACACCUCACUCAGCACCGGAGGACGCACACGGGGGAGCGGCCCUACCACUGCGAGGAGUGUGGCCGGCGCUUCUCCCAGAGUUCCAACCUCAUCACCCACCAGCGCAUCCACAUGGAGGAGCGCCCCCAUGUCUGCCAUGGUUGCGGGCGGCGCUUUGCGCAGGAGGACGAGCUGCAGCGCCACCAGCAGGAGGAGAGUGGGAAAUGCGGAAGCAAAGAAGAGGCCAAGGAGCCGCAAGAUCACAUCGGUGGGAGGGACUGUGAGGACAGCGACGUGCCAGGACUGCACAAAGAGAGUAGCGUGACGUGUCUGGUGUGCGGGCUGGACUGUGACGAUGCUGUCACACUGGCGCAGCAUCAGAAGAGCCAUGCCACCCAUCUUUGUGAUGUAUGUGGGCAGCGCUUCCAAAACAGCGUGAUGCUUGCGCGGCACAGAGGGAGCCACACCUCUUAUAUAUGUACUGAAUGUGGGAAGGGUUUUGAGGCUGCCGGCGCCUUGGCCUGCCACAGGGAAAGUCACGCAUCGUGGAUAUGCGGCGUUUGCGGGCAGAACUGUGAGGACAGCUUGGCGCUGGAGCAGCACGAGGAGACUCAUUCCUUGCACAUCUGUGGCGCCUGCGGGGAGAGUUUUGUGCACAGGGAAGCACUUUCGCUGCACGAGGAGGAGGGGACGUGCGAGGAGCACGCGGAGCUCCUGCUGGGCCGAGAAUCCCCCAAGGCGCUCGUGUGUCUGGAUGGUGAGGGGGAUUCUGGAGGCGAGGAUGUUCUUGCACAAUGCGUGGGAUCUGGGGGAGGCUGCAGGGAGGGUCGCUCAGGUCUGGCGGACGAGGAGCCGAGUCCCACAAGACUUCACGCUUGCUCCGAGUGCAGACAGGCCUUCUCCGACGGCACAGCCCUUGCCCGCCACCAGAUUGCCCACGUGCAGGAGAAACUGUACCAGCGGCCAGAGCUUGGGGGCGCCCUAGCCCUCGCCAGGCACCAGAGGGAACACAUACGCGGGAAACGGCACCGGUGCGUGAAGCGGGGCCAAGCCUCUUUGGAUGCCACAGUCCUCAUGCUCCACCAGAAAAGCCACACAGAGGACAAAGUGCAUGGGUGUCUUGAAUCCAAAGAACCGUCCAGCUCUGACUCAGAUCGUGACGUGCGCCAGAGCAUCUGUGGAGAAAGGUCUCCUGGGACUGCACCCCUUGGAGAGGAGCCUUCCAGAGAACAGUCGCACACUGGCUCACAACUGAGCCACCCAAUGGAGGAUGAGCCAUUCAGGGAACCUUCGGGACUUGUUAAGCACCAGAGAACCUGCUCCAGCGACAAAGUUCCCAGCAUCCCCACGGAAGAGACGUCGUCCCCUUGUGGGCUUUGCUUCCCAGAGAGCUCAGCUUCGGCUUCCUGUAAGAAAAUCCGCCUUGAAGAAAAGCUUGGCUUGGGUUGCCAGGGUGACGGGUUGCUCGUAGAGAGCUCAGCGGUUGCUCCGCCCCAGAGAAGAACCUGUACCACAGACAAGCCUGCUCCGGUUUCCACCGAAAUGGCUGCCCUCAUCCGGCUCCCGAGCACCAAGCCGUACAAGUGUCACGACUGCAAGCAAAGCUUUGUGGACGCCACUGGGUUGUCCCGCCACCAGAUUGGCCACAUGAAGGACAAGCUGCUGAAGUGUCCAGAGUGUGCCGUGAGCUUCCCUGACAGGCUUGCUUUGAUCCGGCACCAGAUGGAACACACUGCAGAGAAACUCAAGGGGGUGCGAAAGCAGACGAAAAACCACCGUGGUAAGGAGAGAGGCCGCGGGAGCCCUCUGGAAUUUGGGGAGAGCUUCACAGAGAUCUCGGCCAUCCUUUUGCAGAGGGGGACCCCCGUCUCCGAAAGGGGUGCAUCCCAACGGCUGAAGGACCACGGAGCGGACAGAAAACAAAACUCAGGCGAUGUUUCGGAGUUGACAGAGCCUCCCUACUUUCACCUUGACUUGGGGAAAGCUUCUGGUGCUGGCAAUGCGCUGGCCCACCGCCACGCGCAACAGGAUAGGGGCAGAUACAUAGCGCAUCCUGAAGCUGGGAAAAUAUCCAGGAACAGUUCAAUGUUGCUGCGGCACCUCCAGAACCACACAGCAGAGAAACCUUGA